AGAGUAAUAAGUCUACGAAACACCAGACAAAUGGUGAAAACGAGCAUCUUCUACGAGAUUCAACAGAUAAAGACAAACAUAAUCAAACAAAAGAAUACCAUAAGUCUUUUGAACAUAUUUCUGGUCACUUUAAAGUGAAAUCACAAAAUGAUAAUGAUGAAGUCCAGUUAGUUUGGAAUUCGAAUGAUGUUAUCUCCAGAUAUCCAAAUGAUGAACUAAAAGAAGAAAAUGGCACUAUAUCCGAGGUGAAAAAUUGUAUUAGUUGUAAAGAUACCUCGACUGAUACAAGUCAAACCGAU